GCAACGUGAUGCUUUCGGGCUACCUCAUCGCCCGCAUGGCCGACGUUGCAGCCCAGGACAAGUUGGGCCGCACGCCCUUGCACAAUGCAGUGGCCGCCGGCUGCGACGACCUCGCGAAAGGACUCAUUGAGGAGAAGGCAGACGUGAACGCCCGCACCAAGGAUGGCAAAACGGUGCUGUCCAUCGAGUUGGGCAGACCCAAGCGUCAGAGCAAGGAGCUGGAGAACCUGCUCACCGAGAAGAUGGGCCUGCCCUUCCCCAAGGGAUACGUCAAGAACAUGCUCCGGGACCUGCCGCCAUCCUUUGCGCUUCUCUUCCCUGGUCAAGGCUCCCAGCGACAGGGGAUGCUCGGCUGGGCAGAAGGUCACGAGACCGCCUGGCCCAUGAUCCAGAAGGCCGGGGAGAUUUUGGGCUAUGACUUGUUCGACCUCACGGAGAUGGGUCCAGAGGAGAAGCUGGACGCGCUGGAGGUCUGCCAGCCCGCGGUUUUUGUGGCCGCCAUGUGCGGCUUGGAGUGGCUCAAGGAGCAGGAGGGCAAGGACCGGAGCGAGGCCGCGGCCGCCGCCGGGGUGUCCUGCGGGGAGCUUGCGGCGCUGUGCACGGCCGGCUGCUUCAGCUUUGAGGAUGGGGUGCGGCUCGCCCAGCUACGGGGCGAGCUGAUGAAGAAGGCCGUGGAGGAGCACAAGGAACCGCAGAAGAUGAUCUCUGUGGUGGGACUCACGGACGACGAGGCAGAGAGCCUGUGCGAGGAGUUUGGGGGGCUUGGGGGAGGUGACGGGGACGUGGCCAACCGCCUCUUUCCCUGCGGCGUGGCGCUGCCUUGGCUCUCAGACCCCGGUCAUUGGAGCGGCUCUGAGUUUUUGGAGCGCGGCGCCCAGAAGGUGGCCGACCUCAAAGGUUGCAACGCAGCCUUUCACACAGAGCUGAUGAAGCCUGCUGAGGCAGACUUCCGGCAGCACCUCUUGGAGAUGGUCCGUGCGAAUGUGCUGCACAGCCCUGAGAUCACGGUGUACUCAUCGCAGACCGGGGAGCGGUGGCUGCCGGGCACGCCGGCGACGAGCAUCGUGGAGGGCCUGGUGCAAGGCUUGAGCUGUCCGAACCAAUGGGAGGACACUUGUCGCGCCAUCAUCGACGAUGGCGUUGAGUUCUUCUGGGAGAUCGGGCCCAUGAAGCAGCAGUCCUGGCGAUCUUGUUGA